AUGGGCAUCCUAGACCUUCUCCCACCUACGUUCUGGGACCGUAUUCGACCUCCCACUAGAAUAUCCAGAGAUCUAAUCUUUGGUCUUUUAUUCGGGAUCACAUUCUCCCUUUCUUCCACCUCGUUAGCCCUUUUGACUCAAUCUUGGAGAAGAAGAAGGGCUAUAGCCCGUAUACCGCCAAGACCUAUAGAAUUGAGGAGUGAUGAGAUUGUUGCUGGGGUGAUAGGGCUUAUCGGGAAUACACCCUUAGUCAGAAUAGGUAGUCUGAGUGAUGCACUUGGUGUGGAGAUAUUGGGUAAAGCAGAGUUUUUAAAUCCAGGAGGAUCUGUCAAAGAUCGUAUUGCCCUUCGAAUCAUAGAAGAUGCCGAAUCACAAGGACUCUUACAUCCUCAUACUGGAUCGGUCCUUUUCGAAGGAACAGUAGGAAGUACCGGUAUAUCUCUCGCAACUGUCGGACGAGCGAAGGGUUACGAUACCGUCAUUGUCAUGCCUGACGACGUGGCCAUUGAUAAAGUUCAAAUCCUCGAGAAAUUAGGUGCUAAAGUAGAGCGUGUCCGACCUGCCAGUAUAGUGGAUGAAAAACAAUUUGUCAAUCUCGCACGUAGAAGAGCAGAACAAUUCGGUCAAACGACCUUGGUCACUCCACCUCAAAGAGGAGAUGACAUAGUAGUCACUACCCAAGCUACCACCUCUGAGGUUUCUCACACUCUCUUACCUCUCUCUUUUCCCCCUUCACCUUCGUCUUCCCCCUCAUCCUCAUCUUCUUCUUCCAGCAGUCUACACAUACUCCCCGAUGUAUUGGAAAAGAAACCCCGUGGAUUUUUCGCGGAUCAAUUCGAGAAUGAUUCCAAUUGGAGAGCACACUACGAUGGUACUGGUCCUGAAAUUCUCAGACAGACAGGUGGUCAUUUAGACGCUUUCGUUUCUGGUGCAGGAACUGGUGGGACGAUCACAGGAGUUGGAAAAUAUUUGAAAAAUCAUUUAAAUGGUAUUCAAAUAAUCCUUGCUGAUCCACAAGGAUCUGGAUUGUUUAAUAAAGUUAGAUACAACGUAAUGUACGAUCAUAAAGAAAGUGAAGGUACGAAAAGAAGACAUCAAGUAGAUACUAUAGUUGAAGGUAUUGGAAUUAAUCGAAUAACUCAUAAUCUUCAACUUGGAUUGAAAGUCAUAGAUGAUGCUUAUAGAAUAUCAGAUUUGGAAGCAUUAGCAAUGUCAAGAUGGUUGGUUAAAUAUGAUGGAAUGUUUUUAGGUUCUUCAAGCGCUUGUAAUCUCGUUGCGUGUGUUAAAGUGGCAAAGAAAUUAGGAAGAGGUAAAAGGGUAGUGACGAUUUUAUGCGAUUCCGGAUCUAGACAUCAAAAUAAGUUUUGGUCAGAAAAAUAUCUUAGAGAGAAUAACUUAAAAGUGGAUAUCUCACUCAUCGAGAAACUCAUAGCUUCAUGA